AUGGUCUACCAAUGGGAGCAGCACAAAAAUGCUUGCUACCAGCUGUACAUCAAUGAGCGUCGCUCGCUCGAGGACAUCAUGGUGCAUAUGAAAAAUGUGUACCAAUUCACACCUAGCAAACGUGCUUUCCAAGUGCAGUUCAGUCGUUGGAAGUUUCCUUCGAAACAGAGACUCAGACAUAAAGAUGAUCGACUCGUGAAGCGCAUCCAUGAUCUGUGGGAGAAGAAUGUCCCGCAGGGUGAGAUGCUGCGGAUCCUCAAUGAAGAGGAUGGCUUUGACAUCAAUGCGCGUGAACUGAUAAGAGUGCGCUCUCGAAACCGAUGGCUUCUCAGAGUUCGAAACGGUGACCGUGCAAGAUCCGGUGAUGCUGAGAAUGAUGAUGCCCUUGAAAACGACAUACCACUCGAUGAUGAUGAGGAAGGUGACUUGAUGGCGGAAGCAGAAUCAUCUGGCCAACCUGGAACCACAGGCUCCCUGAACUCUUUCCAAGAUGACUCUGCUUCUGCUACUCCCGCGCCCAAACCACGCAAGAUCAGUAAAAGGCAAAGCCGAAGAAAUCGUCAACAUCUUGGUGAAUCCGAAGACCUUGUCCGCUUUCCUUCUGAGAUGACGUUGAACGAAUCGAAAGCAGCCUUGAGUCUUGACUCGACUACCUACCCACAAAUGCGUGAAUGCUUUGCCAGAAUAUGCCAAGAAGAGUCAAUUGUCAAGAAAACCCUUGCUGGCCCGGGCAGGUGGGACUAUGUCAAAAACCGCCUGAUACACGAGAACCAAAAUCUACAACAGGUUCUUUGGAUAUCAAAGGACGACCAUGAGAGAAGACAGCUCGCUUUGGACAUCAUCUGUACUGAUGUAACUAAGCGUCUUCGCAACCAAGAGACCAAAAUGACGCUUCUUGAUGCGAAGAAUGAGCUAGGUCUCAACCCUGAAGAGUCCCAUGCUGUUCGUGCCGCGUUGCAUAUUGUACUCAGUGAUGCGAAAUUCACUUGCAAGUCUGACGGAACGCCAGAACAGUGGGAAGAACUAAAGAAGCAAUGGCUGGAGAAGGUUGCACUUCUGAAAAUUCUCCCUCUCGCUCUCGGCGGAGACGAUGAGCAGUCUCGUCGAAAGGACCGGGCGAUUGAAAUCGUGGCUCGAGAUGUGAUCAAGAGAAAGAGAGAUGAGAAGAGGGCGAAGGUCAGGGCUGGCGAGACGUCUCAGCCAAAAGAGACGACCCAGCGCAAUGUCCAGAACGGUAACAUACAGCAUGAGACUCAAGGUACGCAGCGUGCGCCCACAAGAAACCAGACCGCGCACCGUCGCGAGAUACAACAAGAACAAGGAACGCCAUCUACCUAUUCUUCUAUACCCCAAGGGGCAGAGCCCCAGUCGAGUCCAUCUGCAAGCCCAGCCGUAUUGGAUGAUGGAGGAAUGGACAGUAACAUGGAUACUGGUUAUGAACCGAUAAGUGAACCAGCAAAUCCACGGAUCGAAUACACAACAAGGCAAUCUGCAGCGUCGAGUCGACCUGUACAAAUGCAGACACAACCAUCCAACAUGUCGAAUACCCAGGGAACCCUCCCUCAACCUCAUAGAAUGCUAGGUUCGUCUACCACUACCGGCGUACCUAUGAACAACCAGUAUGGGUCGUCCAUGUACAUGGGCAACCAACCUCAAACGAACUAUAUGGAACAGCAAUAUGUGCAGCAUCAGUUUUCGUCACCAGCACCCAGUACAAUGUUCCAGCCUGUCCCCACAGUAUCAGCUUCUUUUGCUGUCUUCUUGAGACUGCACCCUUCUUCUACUUAUGUCACAAACACAAACCUGUGGAUCUCAACAAUGGCUUCACAAUCCAUCCAAGAGCUACGACAGGCGGCAGUCACCAAGUUUCCUGGAGCGAUGUGCGUUCGCAUCGAGGGUAUCAUAAAAGACGCCAAAGGUAACGAAUUACCACUGCAGAUUCAAGGCGACGACGAAUUGGGAGCCUAUUUUGCGCAUAUGCAGGGUGGUUCACCGACGUUCUCUGUCCAACUUGUCUAA